GCACGCUCCGUUGUCAGAUGUCGUCUUUCCCAGCAUGGCGCUUCUUCAUGUUCGCUCCUCGCGCUCCACCAGAUUCUCCUGUCAUUUGCGACUCACGAUCGCCUGGCACCAUGCGGAUGCGAUUGGGGUGUUGAUGAUAUGCCCUUUUUCGAACUCAUCAUCUGCUGCUCUCUGUCGAAGUUGACCUGAUGCUUGAGAGAGAAGGCAUGAAGGCGAGGAAGUCACGGCCUGAGUUUGUCGAUCCUCCAUUAACCUACAAUCACUCGCGAACGGUCCUUGAUUCGCAUCAGUCGACUUUCUCGGACGCUUCUCUCAGAAGAUGUUUCUACCGUCGCUGGGGCCUCUGCCCUCCACACGCGACCCGGCCGGCAUUCAUCAUCCAGCGACAUUACGAGGACGUGAUUGUGCAAUGCGAAUGGGCGCAAGAGAAGAAUCUCGCUCCAGAACAAAUCUGCCGCAACGUGACGCGAGGCUUCGACAUCAUUAGCGGCGAAAGGUGCAACGAAUGUCUGCAGACGGAGGUUGGGUGGGGGAAUAUUCACUCGGAGAUGAUCACGCUCGAGUACGAGCUGUGGUUGAGCGUUGACGCGGCGAAUCUGGACACCAAGCCUGCUUUGGAGACCGAGGGGCCGUACGAGCCGAUUAGGUGGUACGUGCCUAAUGAACAGUUUCUGGCGUGGAUGCAGAGCGUUUAGCUUCGCGGUCGUGAUUGUGGACACUGGCACUGGUAGGCCUGGCAGGAUUCAAUGACUGGUUGUGCUCGACUUCUCCCGGCUUUUCUAUAUAUUCCCGAGAUUGUGCAUACCCGGGUGUGAUCGAUCCGGCACAGUAUCAUCGUUCCCCCGGGUAGCCGCAUACAGAACAUCAUUCCAUGAGGAGCUUGGUCCACGGAUGGGGGCGCAGUACUACAGAUGUUUGAGGCGA